ACAUGACAGUCGCAGGGUGCAUGCAGCAGGGAAGUGAAGCGAGGAAGACGAGCCUCUAAACUUUUGGAAUGAACCGAGUUAUUUGACAAAAAUGCAAACCAUCAUAAGUUAACGGAGGAAGGAACUUGGAGGUCUUCUUGGAUUGCUCCAGGUUCCCCCUGCCAUGGCCAAGUCCAAGAAAGGUAUGGACAGCCCUGCAGACCCUCCAAGAAGAGGCAGGAAGCCCAAAUCCCUUGGUGCUGCUCCAAAAGUUGGUAAACAACAGAGUGCUCUAGUCAGCACGAAGAGCACAGUGACUGGCUUUCAGCUACUCUCUGGCCAGACAUCCCUCAAGCUACCAGCUGAAAACAGCAUCUCAGGAAACCAUGGCUCUAUCCACGAAGAUGAACAAGAUGCUCCAGAAACACAGAGUUCUGAGUCUGGUAAUGCUGCCAAGAGCAUCACCACUUUGUCCUUACCUGCAGCCAGACAGGAAGGGGAUGCCCAGAGAGGGCCGGAGGAGUUUAAAGCUGUGAAUACUGCUCCACCACGUUUGGCUUGGAAAACCAUGGUUAGACCCGCACCAGCUCCAUCUGCUCUGAAGACAAUGAACAGAGAGGAAAGUGCAUGUGAAAGGGAUGUGGAGUCCUCGCCCACACAGCAUCUCAGUUUACCUCAGGAACUCAAAGACUCAACACAACCCGCGUCCAAGAAGAAGAAAAGAAAAAUGGGCUUAUAUAAUUUUGUUCCCAAAAAGAAACCGAAAGUGUCCAAGAAACCGAAUGUUUCGUUGUCCUCUUCAAAUGCGCAGGAGGAUUCACAUACAGCUGGAUCCAAAGGUGGACAAAUGUCCAUUGAGGAGGCAUUCAAAAAUAGAGUUAGUCCUGAGAAACCAGAGAAACAGACUUCAGCGGCUGAUACAGAAACUGCAGCUGAACCGCCUAAGACCAAGGAAACAGAGGACCUUCCUCAAGGCCACGCUGAAGAAUACACAGAGCUGCCUAUACAUGCUCUGGCUCAUGAAAGCAUGUUCACAGCAAUCCCCACAGGUUUGCCGAAGGAUAAAGAGAACAUGGAGGCUGAUGACUCGCUGGAACCUCCACUGUGCAGCUGUCGCAUGGAGGCACCGAAGAACCAGGAUGUAGUAACGCUUGCUGAGGGCAAGUGCAUGGCUGUAGAGAGUGUUGAUGGAAAGCUGAGUUUAUGUCGGAAGGUGAUUCUGAAGCAGGAAAUGAUGCGUCCCUCUCUGAGGAUUCCAUUGCUGGUGUUGUGUGAGGAUCAUCGUGCGGGCAUGGUGAAACACCAGAGCUGCCCGGGCUGUGGCUUCUUCUGCCGGGCUGUAAUGGAAGGUGUGGACCCAAACUUGCGGAUGGACAGUGAGAAGAGGAAGACUCCCUUGCAUUGUGCUGCUGAGGAGGGACAUAAAGAGAUCUGCCAUAUACUAGUGCAGGCUGGUGCGAACCUGGACAUGUGUGAUGCGGAGCAGAGAACUCCUCUGAUUUAUGCCUGUGAGAACAAUCAUCUAGAAACAGUGAAAUACUUGCUGAAAGCUGGUGCUUCUACUGGGCAUAAGGAUAUGAGAGGCUCUACAUGUCUUCACUUGGCAGCCAGAGGAGGACACACAGGUGUGCUGCAGUAUCUUGUCUCCAUGCCAUCCAUAGACGUCAACUGUAAGGAUGAUGGUGGGUGGGCUCCUCUUACCUGGGCAACUGAGAACAUGAAUCUAGAGCAGGUGAAGAUGCUGAUCUCAGUGGGAGCUGAUGUCCAAAUAAGAGAUAAGGAGGAGAAUAUCUGCCUCCACUGGGCAGCGUUCUCUGGCUGUGAUGAGAUCGCUCAGGUGCUGCUUGACAAGAGAUCUGACCUACACGCUGUGAACAUCCAUGGAGACUCACCUCUCCACAUUGCUGUCAGACAGAACCAGCUGGACUGUGUAAUGCUGUUUCUGUCGCGAGGAGCAGAUGUAAAUCUGAAGAGCAAGGAUGGCGAGACUCCUUUGGACUGCUGUAGUAUAAAUUCCAAGAUGUGGACGAUCCUGAACACCAAUAAGAAGCUGACAGAUGCUCGGAGAGGCAGAGACAGCCUAAGUGAAAGACUCCUCUGCAGAGAUGUGUCCCGAGGCUAUGAAGACGUCCCUGUGACAUGCGUGAAUGGGGUGGACCAUGAGCCCUGCCCCAGCAACUUCAAAUACGUUCCAGAGAACUGUUUUACCUCUCAAGUUAAUAUAGACGAGAACAUAACGCAUUUACAGCACUGCAAUUGUAAAGAUGACUGUGCAUCAAGCAGCUGUAUCUGUGGCCAGCUCAGCAUGCGCUGUUGGUAUGACAAGGAUGGCCGCUUGUUGAAAGAGAUCUGCAGGGAUGACCCACCCUUUCUGUUUGAGUGUAACCAUGCCUGUUCCUGUUGGAGAACAUGCAGAAAUAGAGUGAUACAGAAUGGCCUUCGGGUCAGACUGCAGGUGUUUAGGACUGAGAGGAAGGGCUGGGGGGUCCGAGCACUGCAGGAUAUUCAUGAGGGAACUUUCGUAUGCGAGUAUGACCCUCUCUCUACAUCAGUUGCUUUACACAUAUUAAUAAAAAUACACAAAAAUUAA